GUCCAAUGGAAGGGCGGUGGGCGGAGCUUUAUAGUAGGAGAGGUUAAACGGGGCUGGACUUCUCAAACGCCGGCGGGGAUUGGAAACGCAGCUGCUGCAGACAUUCCUCAGAUAGUAGUCCUCCUGCUCGCCGGUUCACCGGUUGAUUUUCACUGUGAAUCGUUACACUGUUGGAGAAAAUGUCGAACGUCAACUGGAAGCCCUUUGUUUUUGGCGGACUAGCUUCCGUGACGGCGGAAUGUGGGACCUUCCCAAUCGACCUAGCCAAGACUCGUCUUCAAGUUCAAGGCCAAGUAGGCGACAUUAAAUACCGAGAGAUUCGGUACAGAGGCAUGCUCCAUGCUUUAGUGAGGAUAGGAAGAGAGGAGGGGCUCCGGGCACUGUAUUCAGGAAUAGCUCCUGCUAUGCUGCGCCAGGCCUCCUAUGGGACCAUAAAAAUUGGCACAUACCAGAGCUUUAAGCGACUGCUGGUUGAAAGACCAGAGGAUGAGACCUUGCUGACUAAUAUGAUAUGUGGUGUUCUAUCUGGAGUCAUCUCCUCCUCCAUCGCCAACCCCACUGAUGUGCUGAAGAUCCGCAUGCAGGCUCAGGGAAAUGUGAUCCAGGGCAGUAUGAUGGGCAACUUCAUUAACAUCUACCAGCAGGAGGGAACAAGAGGGCUGUGGAAGGGUGUCUCUCUUACGGCUCAGCGGGCGGCCAUCGUGGUCGGGGUCGAGCUACCGGUCUAUGACAUCACCAAGAAGCAUCUGAUCCUGUCGGGUUACAUGGGGGACAACGUGUACACACAUUUUGUGUCCAGCUUUGCGUGUGGUCUGGCGGGGGCUUUGGCCUCCAACCCAGUGGAUGUAGUCCGGACACGCAUGAUGAACCAGAGAGGAGUAGCUCUGUACCAGGGAACACUGGACUGUAUACUGCAGACAUGGCGCUCAGAGGGCUUCAUGGCCCUUUACAAGGGUUUCUUUCCCAACUGGCUCCGCCUGGGACCGUGGAACAUCAUUUUCUUCCUCACAUAUGAACAGCUGAAGAAGAUCAAUGUGUGACUCAGAGAACGAGCCGGGGAAGAAGAGACGAGUAUGUGCUCACGCUCCGAGACGAGCUAAGAGGACCAAAAUCGCGACUGGCUGGAUGGCGAUGGAUCCACUGAACGUGGGAAGGGGGUUGAUGUAGACCCUUGUAUGAGGGGUGGCGUGAAAAGUUGCCUAAUUCCUGUUUGGGCUACAUGUCUCCUAAAUCCUGUGGCAAGUGUGGAAGACACUUAGUUUAGCUCAUCCACACGCUAUGUGAUGCUUAACUGCUCAUUUAAAUCUGAUAAUGACCCCUUAGGUUCAUGUCACCUAAUUUAUGGGUCUGUA